AUGGAUUCCUCGGUCAACUUGCUUCCCGCAAAACGCCCCGCUCCAACUGGAGUUUCGUCAGAGGAAGGAUGCAAAAAACGUAAAUUAUCAAGUGGUGUGAAUGUUGUAGAUUACAAAAAUCCUUAUGCAAUCUCAGAUGUUCUAAGUCAUUUAGAGAGUGGUAAAUUUGGAAGUGUUACAAAGGAUAUUGAAGCCCUUAUAAACCGAAAAAUGCAGAUAAUAGUUGGCCCCCACAUUGCGAAAUUUCCCAAACUUAUCAACCAAUUCCCGAAAGUGGUAACAAAUCAUGAUGAGGAAACUCCCAUCUUGGGAAAUAAAAAAGUGAAUGGUAUGUCACAUCAAAAUGUCAUAGAUUUGGAUUUGGAGGGAGGACAUGUGGAAAAGAAUGUUUUGGAACCGAAGAGAGAAAAUGAUGUUCCUGGCGCGUCAUUUCCCAUUGUAAUAAUUGAUUCGGAUGAGGAAGAUGAUAUGGAUCAAAAGUCUCAUCUUCCAUUUUAUGAAGUUGCAUUGCCGAGACCAGUCCAGUCUCCUGCACUAAAAAUGACUGGCUAUCAUCAUGCUCCCAUUGCUUACCAUGAUGCUCCAAAUGCUUACCAUGGAGAGAGUGCAGAUGUAAAAUUUGAAACAAGUCUGCCACCUAAAGCCUCUCCUAAAGAUAACACAAGGAAAGAUAAAGGUGUUUAUGUUGGUGUACAUGAGGAGGAGGAUCAUGAGGUUGAUGCUGUAGAUGACGGGCUAGAUGAUAUUUGGAGGGAAAUGUCAAUGGCAAUAGAAACUUCUAAAGAUGUUUCUGCAGAUCCUCAACCCGAAGAAGAAGAGGAAGAAGAUGCUGACUGCGAUCAUUCUUUCGUUUUAAAAGACGAUCUUGGUUAUGUUUGUCGCGUUUGUGGGGUUAUUGACAGAGGAAUUGAAACCAUAUUUGAGUUCCAAUACAAGGUUAAAAGGAGCACAAGAACUUAUGCCUCUGAUUCAGGCAAUGCCAAAGAAAAAAUGGAUGCUUUUGGUGUUAUGGUUACUAAAGAUGAUCUUAUGGUUACUGAUGUAUCAGCACAUCCUCGGCAUGCGAAUCAAAUGAAACCACACCAAGUCGAAGGAUUCAACUUUUUAGUCAGAAACUUGGCGGGGGACCGUCCCGGGGGAUGCAUCCUGGCUCAUGCUCCAGGAUCUGGAAAGACUUUCAUGAUUAUCAGUUUCAUGCAAAGUUUUCUAGGGAAGUAUCCUAAUGCCCGACCUCUAGUGGUGCUUCCCAAGGGAAUAUUAUCGACUUGGAAAAAAGAGUUUCAAACAUGGCAAGUGGAAGAUAUACCACUUUAUGACCUAUACACUGCGAAGGCGGACAGUAGACUUCAGCAACUGGAGGUUUUAAAACAAUGGAUGAAUAACAGGAGUAUCCUUUUCUUAGGAUACAAACAGUUCUCUUCCAUUGUGUGUGAUAAUAGUAAUACCAAUGCAUCAAUGAAUUGCCAAGAGAUAUUACUGAAGGUUCCCUCAAUUCUCAUUUUAGACGAGGGACACACUCCAAGAAAUGAGAAUACUGAUAUGGUACAGUCCCUUUGCAAAGUACAUACACCAAGGAAAGUUGUGCUCUCUGGAACCCUUUAUCAAAAUCAUGUCAGGGAGGUAUUCAAUGUUCUCAAUCUAGUGCGACCGAAGUUUUUAAAGAUGGACACAUCUAGGCCUAUUGUUCGACGCAUUAAGAGUAAGAUCCAUAAUCCCGACGUGAAAAACUUCUAUGAUUUAGUCGAGAACACAUUGCAGAAAGACCCGGAUUUUAAAAGGAAAGUGGGUUUAAUUCAUGAUUUGCGUGAGAUGACCAAUCAAGUUCUUCACUACUAUAAAGGAGAUUUUCUUGAUGAGCUUCCUGGCCUGGUAGAUUUCACUGUGUUUCUCAAACUUACACCUAGACAGAAGCAUGAAGUUGAGAAAGUAAAGAGGAUAUCUAGAAAGUUCAAAAUGUCUUCUGUGGGCAGUGCUGUGUAUCUGCACCCAAAGUUGAUGCCCAUUGCACAAAAAAUAGGUGAAAAGUUCACAAAAUCUGGUGAAAAGACGACAAUACAUGAUCAUGUAAUAGACAAUUUUAUAGAGGACAUAGAUAUAAGAGAUGGUGUCAAAUCAAAAUUCUUUCGCAAUAUGCUGAACCUAUGUGAAUCAACUGGGGAGAAGCUUCUGGUGUUCAGUCAAUAUCUUUUGCCUUUGAAAUAUUUGGAAAGGUUAGCUAUAAAAUGGAAGGAAUGGAGUAUUGGAAAAGAAAUCUUCGUGAUAUCAGGAGAGACACUACCUGAACAAAGGGAGUUUUCCAUGGAAAUGUUCAACAAUUCAUCGGAUGCAAAAGUAUUUUUUGGGUCAAUCAAAGCAUGUGGUGAGGGUAUAUCAUUGGUUGGAGCAUCCCGUGUCAUCAUAUUGGAUAUUCACCUAAAUCCGUCUGUUACUCGUCAAGCUAUUGGCCGUGCUUUCCGGCCAGGCCAGAAAAAGAAAGUCUUUGUGUAUCGAUUGGUAGCUGCUGAUUCUCCAGAAGAGGAAGACCACACUACUUGUUUCAAGAAGGAAUUAAUUUCAAAAAUGUGGUUUGAAUGGAAUGAGUAUUGUGGUGACAGAGCUUUUGAAGUUGAAACACUCGAUGUGAAGAGAUGUGGCGAUUUUUUUCUGGAAAGUCCAUUGUUAGGGGAAGACGUACAAGCCCUGCAUAAAAGGUAA